CCAAAUUGUUAUUUUCCCGAUCCCUUACUCCCCUUCCUGACGAGAGAGGAUAAGAAAGUUUCAUAAACGUGAAACUUCCUCUCUUUUUUCCACUCUGCCUCUCGAAACCACAAAUCAAUAGCAAAUUGAAAUACAAUACAAAAAAUGGCACAAUCACUAGCCGUACCUGUACUACCUUCAUUUUCCCUCAUCUGCAACACUACCUCUUCAAAACGCACCUCCAGCUCCUUUUCUUUGCCCGCCUCAUCAGUUCCCCCAAAGAUUGGUGGGUUGAGUAUAAGGUGUGCUCGCGUGGGAGGAGUGGAGAUACCAAACAGCAAAAGGGUGGAGUUUUCUUUGCAGUAUAUUCAUGGGAUUGGGCGUACAACAGCUAAGCAGAUACUGGUUGACCUUGGAAUGGACAACAAAUUCACAAAGGACUUGUCUGAAGAAGAACUCACCUCUCUCCGUGAAGAAGUCUCCAAGUACAUGAUUGAAGGAGAUCUUAGGAGGUCUACUGCACUUGCAAUUAGGAGGCUAAAGGAGAUCCAAUGUUACCGAGGUGUGAGGCAUAUUCAGGGAUUGCCCUGUAGAGGGCAACGUACAAAGAACAACUGCCGGACCCUGAAGGGCAAGAAGGUUACUGUUGCUGGAAAGAAGAAGGCACCUCGCUAAAUUGGUUCGUUUUCUGAAGUACAGCAAAUGGAAAACUGUUAAUUUCCAUAUUUGUUGUAACAUCCUGAAUUAAGCCAACUGCUUGGUUAAUUAUUUUGUAUAUCAAAUAGUCUUUAUUAUUACACUUCUGCUUCUUCUUCUUUGUGGAAAUAAGAAAAUGAUGGCAAAACAUACAUAUUUUGUAGCGAGGAUUUGAUUUGGCCAUUCCAAGUUGUCUAGCGACCAAUGCUGUUCCAACAAUCCUUCAGGCUGUGCCAGAUUCUUUAUGCCUUUAAUUGGUGUCAUUGUAGAGGUAUUCACUCCGAUAGAUUAGCAUCCUAGUCCAUUUAGCUACUUGAAAGUUAGUAGAAGGGAUUUUUUUGAGGGGGCAAGAACGCUGUUGUUUAAUUGCAUUUAGUACUUUUAAGCCACUUGCGUUGCAACUCUGAAUUUGCUUUGGCUCAGCCAACAGCACCAAAUGCUCAUAAUACAAACUUCAGUUAGAGACUA